AUGUUUCAUAAACCCAUAGCUAAUGAAGACCAGGUUCCGAAAGCACGGGGAACAGGCCGAUCAGGUCCCCGCCGCCGUACCGGCUGUUUGACGUGCCGCGCACGUAAAGUCCGCUGCGACGAGGCCAAACCAACCUGUGCCAAUUGUACUCGACUACGGCUGCAAUGCAUCUACAAAACUAUUGUUCCAGGAACUACAUCCCGACGGAGUAUCCAGAGAAUACCCCAAGUUCCUCAGCAGACUUCCACUAUCGACCCGGCCCCCACUCAUGUUCCAGAUCGUCUGGAUGUCAACUACUUCGACACAGUUCUGCAACCUCGUGAGUUGCGUCCUCGUCGGGCAUCGCAUAUUUUGCCUCACCAGGUGGUAGACCAUACCCUGCCCCCAACGUCGGUUUCAGUUCCUGAUUUUCCGAGUUUUGAUAUGCUCGGCUUUAUUGGGGAGAUUACAUCGGAUUUCGAACAGAAACAUCUCGACUUGACGAAUGGUGUGUCUGCAUUUAAUCUUACCAGUGAAGCGCUAUCUCCAACGACGCCGGGGCAUGUUGGAGGUAGUAACCAGAUAGUGCAACAGCCGACUUGGACUGUUGAUACAUCCCCUGAGACACUUCCUAGCCCUUCCGACAGUCAAUCAGAUGGGGUACAGAAUGUACUCUCAGGCGAUAGAAGUAUAUGGCCCGAGACGCGGCAAACUUACGAAGAACGGCUACUGUCUCAUUUUGCGGAGAUAGACCCGCCGCCUACGACAUUUGGGUCUAUUGCCCUAGAAUGGAAUUAUGUACGCAACGUUAUUAUCUCGCAUUCUGGAGAUACUAGCUGCUUGUUAAAUGCGUUGUAUUGUUACUCCGAUAUACAUAAGUCAAUGGGAGAAGGCAAACGGUGGAGAGCGGCCCCGGUGUAUCAUCGACAGGCGAGCUCGGAGAUUCAGUCUUGUGUCACUGAGAGUAUGGAUGAUUCGCUACUGAAGCGGACAUUGACGGCGGUUUUCCUGCUUAUACUGUCGGAGCUAGUAUCACUGCCAGACCUAGGGGAUUCUAGUACGUCCUUUCUCCAUUCAGCGUACUUGCUGCUACAGCGUUUCCACCACCGAACCAGGUUAUGGACCGGUUUUGGCCACUUGAUAGUUUCAUGGGUCUCUUUGCUGGAUGUUAGAGCGCUAAUUGCUGGCCGUGAUGGGGAUCCGCUUGUUGAGCUAGGGAUGUUGGAUCAAAUUGGCACUGCUGAGAUGGAUCAACGACCAGAGGAUGAGCUCCUCUCACAACCGGGCUAUCUCAUACACAAUGCCAUUACUGGCCCCGCAUAUUCCUUCCUAUUCAAGGCACAACAAGUAAUCCGCCGUAUUGUCUGCCUCGACAUGCAUCACCGCAGGCGUGGGACAGUCAGCGAUGAGUUCGAAGUCCUUCAGGUUGCGCACCAGAUCGGUGCCGACCUAGAAGCCCUCUGGAAUAAACGACCACGGGUAUUAGAUGUUUAUGACAAGCCAGAAGAACUAUAUAACACCCUUCAACCAGCUGUGGCAGAUGAAGUCUGCCGCACGUUUCGCCAGUAUAUAGCCAAUUUCCUGGCCAUCUUCAUAUAUCUCCACCGAGUGGCUUUUGUUAUCUAUCCGCGGACAGACCGGGUGCAUCGCGCGGUGGGCCAGAUCAUCCAGCUGGCCACGGUGGAGUCCAGCAGUGAGAAUCAUCACCUGCCAAUCAGCUUUACCUGGCCACUAUUUGUGGCCGGGUUGGAAGGCUCACUAGAGCAACGAGGGUGGAUUAUACAGGAAAUGCAGCGCAUGGCCGACUUGCCCAGUGAUCACAGCCCCGUAGCACAGCGACAUCCCAACGCGAAGAAGAUCCUGCAGCUACUUGAGGAGAUGACAAAGCGCCAGGAUGCGUCUCGAACGUGGGCAGAUUCACGCCUUGUACGGCGAGAACUCUUCGUAGACCCCUUCGUACUUAUAUAA